AUGGUCAAGCAAGAUUUCACGAUCACAAGCUACGAAGUGCGCGAUAUCCGCUUCCCUACUUCCCAGCAUCUGGACGGCUCUGAUGCCAUGAACAAGGACCCAGACUACUCUGCUGCCUAUGUCAUCUUUUACACCAACGACACCCAGGUCGAGGGCCACGGCAUGACCUUCACCUGCGGUCGAGGCACUGAAGUGUGCUGCAGUGCUAUUGAGGCAUUGGCUGUCAAGUUUGUCAACAUGAAGCUUUCCGACCUCGUCAAGGACAUGCGCGCCACCCACCGCAUCUGCACAGGCGACUCACAGCUCAGAUGGAUUGGUCCGGAAAAGGGUGCCAUCCAUUUGGCCACCGCUGCUGUCAUCAACGCUGUCUGGGAUCUCUGGGCCAAGGCUGAGGGCAAGCCUCUCUGGAAAUUGGUCGUCGACUUGACCCCUGAAGAGUUUGUCCAAGCUAUUGAUUUCCGUUACAUCACCGACGCCAUCACGCCCGAGGAAGCUAUCGAGAUUCUUAAGCAAAACGAGUCAACCAAGUCUGCCCGUGAAGCAGAGAUGCGUGAGAAGGGUUACCCUGCCUACACGACAUCCGCCGGAUGGUUAGGCUACAGCGAUGACAAGGUCCGCCGCUUAUGUCGCGAGGCCAAGGAACAGGGCUUCACUCACUUUAAGCAAAAGGUCGGCAGCGACAAGGAGUCGGAUAUCCGCCGUGCAGCACUGAUCCGUGAUGAAAUCGGUUACGAGAGCGUAUUGAUGAUGGACGCAAACCAAGUGUGGGAUGUGAAUGAGGCUAUAACAUGGAUGGAGGACUUGUUGCAGUUCAAGCCACACUUUAUCGAAGAGCCCACCUCGCCCGACGAUGUCUUGGGCCACGCUGCGAUCCGCAAAGCACUGUACCCACGCACGCGUGUCGCCACCGGUGAGCACAUCCAGAACCGCAUCAUCUUCAAGCAGUUGUUCCAAGCCCAAGCCAUUGAUUUCUGCCAGAUCGACUCGUGCCGUGUUGCAGGUGUCAACGAAAUCCUGUCCAUUCUGUUGAUGGCCAAGAAGUUCAAUAUCCCCGUCGUCCCACAUGCUGGCGGUGUUGGCUUAUGCGAGUAUGUCCAGCACUUGUCGUUGAUUGACUACAUCUGCGUCUCGGCAACUACAGAAGGUCGCAUUCUGGAAUUUGUGGAUCAUUUGCACGAGCACUUUUUGGACCCUGUGGUGAUGAAGAACGGUCGAUACAUGACGCCUUUGGCACCUGGCUACAGCAUCCAGAUGAAGCGCGAGUCCAUUGACGAUUACACCUUCCCUGGCGGCAAGGUACAUAAGGAGCUUGCAGCAAACCACAAGGCCUAA